AUGCAGUUCACGUACUUCGUCACCUCCAUGGCCAUCCUGGCGAUCGGCCAAGCCAGCACCAUUCCCGUCCGCCGGCAAGACACAGCUCCUACAUUCGCCAACGUAGGCGACGCCUGCUCCGUUGGCCGUGAGGAUGGUGAGUGCGACAAGUUUGGCCGUUGCGUGCAGUUCAUCCCGCCGAACGAGCAGAGCGUUCUGAACCAGGGCCGGACCGUCGCCACGUGUACCCAAACACCUGACGGAGAGGCUGAGGUUGGGUUUGGCAAUUCCUUCAAUGGCGAAGGGGAGCCGCUUUUCGGCAAUGCCGGCGUGGCGUGCACCGUCGGGAACGAAGACGGCGAGUGCGACCAAUUCGGUCGGUGUUCACAAUUCAUUCCACCCAAUGAGCAGAGUAUCCUGAACCAGGGACGGCCUGUUGAUACCUGCACGGCGGGUGGCCAGGUCGGCACGCUGAAGCAUUGA